CCUUCCACAAAUAACAAUCUUUUGUUCAAUAUUGUUAUUUAUUUAUUUCAGGGCAGCAAUUUGGCCAUCACUACCGACAAGGAAUAUCUGAGGGAAGAGAUGGAGAACAAAGUGCGCAUCCGUCUACAUGAAAGUGGCUGGUUCCGCCUCAGCGAUAGACAGCCAGUUACGAGGGAUGAGAUGAUGACUGUGUUGUACAGCCUGAGCCGUCUGCUCAUCCGCGCUACCUAUCACACAGCUCAAGAAACUGUUUUCCUGAAGAAUGUCUACAUGGACAUGGCAAGCCCUCUGGUCAUGGAUGGAAGCUCUUUACCAUCUGUUGAACAAUGCAGAUGUCCUCAGGGCUAUGCUGGACUGUCAUGUGAGAGCUGCUCUCCUGGAUGGCGCCGCGUGGAGAACCAACUGUACGGAGGACGGUGCCAGCAAUGUCAGUGUUACGGCCAUGCCUCUGGCUGUGAUCCUGUCACUGGAGACUGCAUGGACUGUAGACACAGCACAGCUGGAGCUAGGUGUGACCGCUGUCUGCCAGGGUUCUAUGGCGACCCCCGACGAGGGUCGCCAGAUGAUUGCAAGCCUUGUGCUUGUCCACUGACCACUGGUAACAAUUUCUUUGCUGAGAGAUGUGUUGCCAGGCCCACUCUGGAAGAUCGGGAUGCAUAUGAGUGUGUCAAUUGCCAGGAAGGGUAUACUGGAGCUAGAUGUGAGAUGUAAGUGCAGAUGGAAUGACUAUGUCUUUCUACCAUCAUAUUAGGCGAAAAGCGUUACAUCUAGAAGCUGAAAUUGUCAAGAUUUAUUGGGCAUUUUUGGCAUUUCAUUUCAUAUUCUAUCUCAUUCUUAGAAAUGUAUUUUCUAGUCAUAAAUGUAUGUAGGCCUACACAGGAUGUAUUAAAAUUGAUUUUUUGUCCAGCUUAUUUUAUAAAUUCCCCUUUUUUUUCUUUGUAAAGGUGUCUUUUGAAAUGAAGCUUAUUGAAAGGAUUUUUUUCUCAAUUUUCACUCAUAAGCAAGUCACAGAAAGAUAUACAG